AGGUCUGGUCCUGUUGGCAGAGCGGCUGACCCCUUGGUGAUAAAUAACCAGGGCCGCAAACAAUGUCAACUUCCUGUGAUGAGUCUGUGGCAUCCGUUGAAGAAGUAACUGACAGCUUCUGGGAGGUGGGGAAUUAUAAGCGGACAGUGAAGCGGAUUGAUGAUGGAUAUCGGCUUUGCAAUGAUCUGAUGAACUGUGUCCAUGAACGGGCCAAGAUUGAGAAGGCGUAUGCUCAGCAGCUGGUUGAUUGGGCCAAGAGGUGGAGGCAACUGAUAGAAAAAGGUCCCCAGUAUGGCAGUUUGGAAAAGGCAUGGAUGGCUAUAAUGACAGAGGCAGACAAAGUCAGCGAGCUACACCAAGAAGUUAAGAAUAGCCUACUGAAUGAUGAUUUUGAAAAGGUGAAGAACUGGCAGAAGGAUGCUUUCCACAAACAGAUCAUGGGAGGCUUCAAGGAGGCCAAGGAAGCAGAAGACGGUUUUCGGAAAGCACAGAAACCCUGGGCUAAGAAGAUGAAGGAGCUGGAAACAGCCAAGAAAGUAUAUCACUUGGCAUGCAAAGAGGAGAAACUUGCUAUGACCAGGGAAGCUAAUAGCAAAGCAGAGCAAUCUAUUACUCCAGACCAGCAGAAGAAGCUUCAAGACAAAGUGGAAAAAUGCAAGCAAGAUGUACAAAAGGCUCUGGAGAAAUAUGAGAAAAUAGUGGAGGAGGUGAAUAAGGGCACUCCACAGUACAUGGAAAGCAUGGAGCAGGUCUUUGAGCAAUGCCAGCAGUUUGAAGAGAAGAGGCUUAAUUUCCUAAAAGAGGUGCUGUUAGAUAUCAAGCGACACCUGAACCUGGCAGAAAACAGCAGCUAUUCUAAAGUUUACCGUGAGCUGGAGCAGACCAUUCGUAUGGCCGAUGCACAAGAAGACCUUCGGUGGUUCCGCAAUACCAGUGGCCCCGGGAUGCCUAUGAACUGGCCUCAGUUAGAAGAAUGGAAUCCAGAUGCAUCACAAACAAUAAACCGAAGAGAGAAACCAAAAAAGAAUGAGGGAGGCAACACACCCAAUGCCAGUCAGGCUGGUGGCGAGGCUCUGCCUCCCCUGCCUCCCCUGACUGCACGUCACUGUGCACCACAGUCUCACUAUCUCCAGUUACCUCACAGAGUUAGAUAUAACAGAUAUUUAUGCAGUAUUAUCCUUUCUUAUGAUGCUGUAUCCAUUACCAGUGUCAGCAGUUAUGAACGUAGCCAAGCCUACACUACAGAGUGGUCAGAUGAUGAGGGUGGCAACACUUACAACUCCAAUGAAGCCAAUGGCGGUGCCAAUUCCUUUGAAGAAGAACCAGCUGGGAAAGGUGUCCGUGUACGAGCUCUGUAUGAUUAUGAUGGACAAGAGCAGGAUGAGCUGAGUUUCAAAGCAGGUGAUGAAUUAACCAAAUUAGGUGAAGAAGACGAACAAGGGUGGUGCAAAGGACGUCUGGACACCGGGCAACUUGGUCUUUAUCCAGCUAACUAUGUGGAGUCUAUCUAA